GCGUCUCAGAACAGGGGAAUGUUAACAAUGUGACACACUCACCAAAUAGCAACAAUGUGAAGAGAAGGUUUUAAACAGCUGAGUAAAACCAAGAUGGCCUCCUGCCGUGUACCACUGGUCCUGCUAGCCUGCGGCUCCUUUAAUCCCAUCACCAACCAGCACAUGAGGCUGUUUGAGCUGGCCAGAGACCACAUGCACAGCACAGGCCGGUACCAGGUGGUGGGUGGCAUCGUGUCUCCAGUGAGUGACGGUUAUGGAAAGCAAGGCCUGGUACUGGCUAAGCACAGAAUUGCAAUGGCAAAGCUGGCGCUGCAGAGCUCUAACUGGGUCACAGUUGAUGAAUGGGAGAGCCAACAGCUGGACUGGACAGAGACUGUGGUCACCAUGAGGUAUCAUUAUGGCCGGGUUCUGAAAGAGUAUGAAUGCAACAAGGAACAAGACAGCUUCAAUAGAAAUCCCACUUCACUAUCAAACGUCAGCCCCCAGCUGAAACUCCUCUGCGGAGCUGAUUUCCUCGACACCUUUAAGGUUCCUGGCCUUUGGCAGGACGAGCAUGUGGAGGAAGUAGCUGGACGUUUCGGUCUCGUCUGCGUCAGUCGAGGGGGUCUUCAGCCUGAGCAAGCCGUGCACGAGUCGGACACGCUUUCCCGGCACGGUCAAAACAUCUUCCUGGUGAGGGAGUGGGUGAGGAACGAAACAAGCGCCACUGAGGUGCGGCGUGCUUUGAGACGCGGUCAGAGCGUGAAGUAUCUGAUCCCGGACUCUGUAAUUGAAUAUAUUCACCAACACGAUCUCUACACAGAGGACAGCGAGAGGAAGAACGAGGGCACGGUGCUGAGGCCGCUCACCAAACAGGCAAAAAAGCCAGUGAAGAGUUUGGAUGACUGAUACAUGGAAGACUGAUCAAGAGAAGCCUGAAAGUGUGAAAUUACCCACAGAUCAGUGCCUCUCUUCUGGGACUUGAAGCUCUGUUAAGUUCAGACUGCAAAGUGAUUAAAAAAAUGCACAAGCUGCAAACAUCUACAAAGACACAGUGAUUUGCCAAAAUGUUUUUCCACCUGUUUUCAUGUAGAAACAUCUACACUGUGCAGUCAUCAUUUGAAAUUAUACACAUCAAGAGUGCACAUCCUGAGCCUCAUCUUUUUGCCAGCAUGUGAAAGAAAAUUUUUGCAGAAGUCAUACUCAUUAUUUUUACACAUUACACAUCAAUGCAGAGUGAUCAUUUGAAAUAAAAUCCAGUAUAUUUACGGUGUUUAUGUCUGAUUGGUGUUUUUCCCCCUUGAAGCUGCAAAAAGUCAUUAAUUUUGACGGUGACCUUUUAAGUUCUUUUGUUUGCUGUAAGUGUUAAUGAGCUCUUAAUGUAUAUUAAAUAUCCCAGUGUUUCUUU